AGUGCUGGACACAAUUCGGCGUCGCACACAUUUCGCUUCCUGGUUCUUCUGUGUUGUUGAUGUCCGCCGAUCUAAUCUGUUUUAUGGUCAACGGUAGUAAUUUUGUUACCUAAAUGAAAUCGUUAUGAUUCGGAAAACUUGUGCGAUUCACUAACAGCCGAAGAGAGUCGAUUAUCACUGCUCGGUUAGUCAGUGCUUUCUAAUGUUGUUUGAAUCAGCAUGCUGUCAUCACCUCUAGGUAUGCAUGUGUUCAUCCACUUACUGCGAUUUAAAAAAAAUAUUACCAUCAUGCAUGUUCCUAUCAUGAUUUACUGUUUCAGUGUCUGAUCUGACAUGAAGUAUUCAUUGAUUUUGAUUUGAUUUUAAUGCUUCACAAUCUGGCUUUACUGAUUACUGUGAUAUCUGAUUGUGCUUUCCCUUUCAAUUUAAUGUGCAGUUGUUUUAACCACAUGUCCGUCAAUUGUGUCUCAAAAAUCAUGAGAACUUAAUUAUUUACUUGUUUCGGUUCAAAGAGUGACCUGUUAACUGGCUACUCUCAGCUUACUGCAACUGUUCUUGUCAUAGUCAUAGCAGCUGUUGAAACACAGAAAUGGUCAUGGAUGAAUCUAUGUCUCUCAGUGUACUUUACUAUUAUAUUCAUUAAAAUAUUCAGCACAUGUGCAUCACUUACGUCUUUACAGCAAAAUGAGGAUAAAACCGAAGCAGUCUAAGUAAGUAGGGGAGAGUGGGGUAAGUUGAGCCACCCCCUGUUGCUUGGAAAUGGUGAAAGAAAUUGAUCAUGUGACCAAAUAUUUAGGAGAUGGGCAUCAAUUCAUGGAGUCUGUGAAGGUUAGACGCACAUGGGUGAAGGGAUAAGACAUUUAUUUCCAAAAAAACAUUUUUGACCCUUGAAAGUGAAUUUAGUCUGUCAUAAGAUUUAUUAGAAUUGUGUUCAGACCUAAAAAGAUCAUUUUAAAUUUGUUUUAUACAUCAAUUGUGGUAUAUAUGAGCUUCAACAUGAGGUCCAAAAGUCCAACAUUUUAGCUUAGAGGACUAAUAAAGUCAUAAAAGUAGUUCAGGGGUAAAUUAAGCCAGUGGUUCAACUGAGAAAGUAAAGGAGUCUGAUGAGAGGAUCAGAGUUUCAGUUCAGAUUGUUGAAAUGUGUAACUUUUUUGUUUCAAAAAUACAGCUGUGAAUGUUCUGAAUCACUUAAAGCAGUGGUUCUCAAGUCCAGUCCUCGAGGCCCACUGUCCUGCAUGUUUUGGAUGUUUACCUGCUCCAACACACCUGAUUCAAAUGAUCAGCUCGUUAUCAAGCUAUUACAGAGCUUGAUAACGAGCUGAUCAUUUGAAUCAGGUGUGUUGGAGCAGGGAAACAUCCAAAACAUGCAGAACAGUGGGCCUCGAGGACUGGACUUGAGAACCACUGACUUAAAGGCAUUCUUAUGUUAAAAUGUUUUUUCUUUACAAAACAGCUUGUUAGCAGUUAUAUGCAAUAAUAAUAAAACGAAUUAUUGUACCAGUUGAAUAGCAUAUAAUAGUUAAAAAUACACAUGAAUGUGAAGAAGUGAUUGUUAUUUUGGGAGAGAGUAAGUGAGGGAGGGCUGGGGUGGAGAGUUGGGGGGGUAGUAGGGAUACGGCUCAACUUACCCCGCUCCUAUAGUCAACUUACCCCAUACACAGGGUAAGUUGACCACAGGAGACCCCUUAUUUGGUAUGCUAUACUAUCAAGACAGUUCUGUUUACACUCAUUCUGUUGGUUUGCAGGGAUGAACAACAUCUUGAAAUAUAUGCAGAUACACUAGUUAGAGACAAAACUAUGAUUGCCUUAAUGUAGUGAUCUGAAAUAUGAAAAAUGGCUCAUCUUACCCCACUCUCCCCUAUUGGCAGCAUUUAACACAGUCAAUUCAUCAGCUUUAAUUAGUGAAUCAAUCUUUAUUUACAGUAUAUAGUGCCAAUCCACUACAAGUGUUAUCCCAAAGCUUCAAUAAUCACGUCUCUUCUUCUGUGCAGGUUGGCUGAGGGCACAGCUGGUUUGAUGCCCAUACUCCAACAUGGAGCACCCUGAUUUAAUCACGCACAAGAACGGGCGGCAGAGGAAGCUGGCGGAUUCCACCGUCCCACGUGAAGAUAUGGGAGGCAAGGACAGAGGAGAAUCUAGCGCCUCCGAACCAGAAGUAGAGGGGGAUGCAGUGGGCCUUAUCAGAGGGUCAGACUCUGAAGGCAAGAGGAACAGAGUCCAGUCUGGGAUUCACCGCGAGUUGGGCAACGUGUCACUUCUUCUGUUCCUUUAUGUACUACAAGGGAUUCCACUGGGACUGGCUGGUAGCAUUCCUCUAAUUUUACAGAGUAAGAGUGUCAGUUAUAAGGAUCAAGCAUUCUUCAGCUUUGUAUUCUGGCCAUUUAGUCUCAAACUCCUCUGGGCACCACUAGUGGACGCUCUCUACUUCAGUCGAUUUGGUAGAAGGUAAGAAGGAAGUUUGUGUGCUAUGUUGACGUUUAAUCACCUUUAAUUAUUUCCUUACUCUACUCAUGUUCUUCUCGUUUCAUCUCCCACAAUUCUGCAGGAAGUCAUGGCUAGUGCCUACGCAGUAUCUGCUCGGCCUUUUUAUGCUGUACCUCUCGAUGUCGGUUGAUUCGCUGCUGCAGAGUGAAGGAGGCCCCAAGGUGGCCACACUUACUGGAGUUUUCUUCAUGCUUGCCUUCCUGGCAGCAACACAGGUAGGGAAACAUUAACACGGUGACAAAAAACAUAUCAGGUUAGGGACAUACAGCAGAGUGAACUUGAUAAAAUCUCUUUCAUUCUCCAACUGCUCCAUCUUCUCUGAAUUCAAGGACAUAGCUGUGGAUGGUUGGGCCCUGACCAUGUUAUCCAGACAAAAUGUGGGCUAUGCUUCUACGUGCAACUCUGUGGGUCAGACAGCUGGUUAUUUCUUGGGAAAUGUGCUUUUCCUGGCUCUGGAGUCUGCUGACUUCUGCAACAGAUACCUCAGAGUGGUGCCCAAGGACACAGGCAUUGUCACUUUGUCAGGUACUUCCAAUUCCUGAUGCAAGUUCAGAAAAAUAUGAUAUUUUUAAACGGAUAACUGUUGUUUGUGAAAUCAGUGUUUUCCUGCUAAAUAGUGUCUGCUCUUCUGAUACAGACUUCUUGUUAUUCUGGGGGACGGUGUUCCUGGUUUCCACCACAUUGGUUGCUAUCAUUAAAAAGGAAAAUGAACAGGGCAAAGGAAAGAGGAGAGUACAUGAAGAGACACACGGUGUGACAGAGACCUACAAGCAGCUGUUCUCUAUCAUAAAAAUGCCCACGGUCUUCACCUUUUGUUCGCUGCUCCUCACUGCUAAAGUACUUAAAUACCAAAUAUUCAGUAUGCCUUUUGACAUUGAACUGAUUUUGCCUUUUUGCUGUGAGCAUUGUCAUCCAUAAAUAAAAUGCCUUGUGUGUCUUCUGUGUUUGUUUCAGAUUGGUUUCUCUGCAGCUGAUGCAGUUACAGGUCUUAAACUAGUUGAAGCAGGAGUUCCCAAGGAGCAGCUGGCAUUGCUGGCAGUGCCCAUGGUACCUCUACAGAUCCUGCUACCUUUAGUCAUCAGUAAAUACACAGCAGGGCCCAGACCUCUGGAUGUCUUCUAUAAAGCAUUCCCCUUCAGGUUGGUACUCCAAACACGCUGCCACACAGACCCAUGAAUGCGCACAUUCAAUAAACCAAAAGCUAAGAAAUUUGUUGUGUAUUGUUCACAGGUUGCUGAUAGGAUUGGGGUAUGCGUUGCUGGUGUGGUGGACCCCCAGUGUAAAACAAGAAGGAGGGUUCCCUGUUUAUUACUACGCCAUUGUGCUGCUUAGCUACGCAUUGCACCAGGUUUGGUCUAUAUGUCCUUUUUUUUCUUUUACAGUGUUUUGUAGUGCUGGUCAGAUUGAUUGUUAUUUGGUCAGUCUACUAUUCUGGUGAAUGGCAGAUUAAGAGAAUUAUGGAAAAAUCUCUUUUUACAAAAAUGACAAGGCAGGUAACUGAUACUGGAUGGAGGUGAUACAACAUGUUAAACACACCCUUAUUGCAACCGUGUUGCUGAAAUCACAUUUCAAACCAGCCUAUAUUACUCAAUAUCAUUUUUCAGUUUCGACAUUUGACUCGCUGUUGUUUCAGCAUUUAUAGUGAAGUAUGUAAGCUUUAAAUGAUUUAAAAAGCAUCAAAUCCUUUUUUUAAUUGAAAUUUCACACAGCAUCCCAUCUCUUAUGCAAUUGGGGCUGUAAGUAGAAAUGAUCCCUUGGAUCUAUGGACAGGUCAAUUUAAAGCCAGCAAGUUGGGGCGCACAGAUGGCCGAGCGGGUUAGCAUGCCUCAUGUAUGGGGACCACGAUCCCUGCUGUGGUCGCAAGCCAUUGUAUAUUUAAAUAUAUAUUUAAAAUCACUCAUUAUUUUUAUGCAUUAUGUCUGCAUGCCCUUUCUUUCAGCUCGCAAGGCCUUAUCAAUAAUAAGAAAUAAAAUUAACCAGAAAAAAAAAAAAAAAAAACAUUUUUAGGUGUCUGAUGUCUGAGAAGUAAACUGCUAAGACGAAUGAUUUCCUUGUUUCUACAGGUGGCAUUGUACAGUAUGUAUGUGGCCUGCAUGGCCUUCCAUGCCAAAGUAAGUGACCCCCUCAUUGGAGGAACCUAUAUGACCCUGCUGAACACCGUCACUAAUCUUGGUGGUAACUGGCCGUCCACUGUGGCUCUAUGGUUGGUGGAUCCACUGACCUCGAAGGAGUGUCAGGGGGCUGUGGGGCAGAGUUGUGGCUCUGUGGAGGAGUCAGGGGUAAGUAAGUGUAUGUGUGUGGCGGGGGAUAUGAGAAUAUAUUGAAAGUAUAGUAUGUAACUAAAUUUAAUUUAUUUUACUUUCUGUCCCCAGCUCUGCGUAAAGGAGGGCGGCGUUUGUGUGACAACAAUGGAUGGGUACUAUGUGGAGUCUGUGGUUUGUGUUGUGAUUGGUUUAGCUUGGUGGCUGUGGUUAGGGAAGAAAAUGAGGCAGCUUCAGGAGAGGAGUCCAGCUGCAUGGAGAUGCAGAAUUCAUCAGUAAUAACAUGAAUUAUGAGUCCCUCUGACUCUUUCCUUUCUCGCGUUCUUCUUCCCAACAAUGACUGGAAAAUUGGUCACUUCUCUCUCAUCCAUCUGUUGUGUCACACUCCAACGUCUACGCACAGAAAACACUGUUUCUUACACUUGUCACCGUGAAGUACAUAAAUCUGAUGAAGUGUAACAUUGUCUUUGAGAGUGUAAAUCCUUAUUGUUACUCUUUCCAGGUGUACCAUAUGCUUCGAAUGUGAGCAACCUGUCAAACUGGCUAAGAAUAAAUAUAUAUAUAUUACUUUGCUGCUCCAAACAACCCACCAAACCAUAGCUAAGUCUAGUUUAACUUGCUGUCCAGAUCGUUGAGUUCAUUUACUGACAGCACACAGUUUGUGCAGGUUUUGCAUGUAGCAUCAAAUAGCAACAAGAGGAACUUCUCUGAAACAUGAGCCUUUACCUCCCGGUUUUACAGCUUCUGAAUUAUAAAAGGAUACUCAAAGGAAAUUCCAGGCAAAACACACAGAUGCAUACUGACACUGACUCAUCUGUCAACAAAGCAAGUUAUGGAAAAGAAAUUUGUGUGCUGUCAAUGACCCGUGUCUUAGGUUUUAAACAUCUUUUACUUUGAAGUAAUUUGUGCCUUGGUAAGUUUUUCUAUUGUGCAACAUUGACAUGAUCCUGCUCUUACUGCAGAUUAAGUGUAAACCCGGUUAUUUUCCAUAUACAGCUGGAUACACAUUCCUUUUAACAGCUCCAGUUCGUACAAUGCUUUAAUGAAGUACAACGAUUAUCAUCAACGGUAUCUAUCUGUCUUCAAAUGAACCAGGAUAUCUGGAACAAUAUACUGUAUACUGUAACAAGCUUUUGUCUCAGACUUUCCUGGAACCUGGUCAGUCUUACAUAUCAUAAGACAAUCGGAUCUUUCAAAGCAAUGUUGAACAGUGCAGCUUUUGAAUGCUCAUCUUAGUCAUCCAAAGGAUUUAGCUGAUUAUUUUGAAUAAGUUUUUCUUGAGUUGCAACAAUAAAAGUAACUUGCUGGUCUAGUAGGUUUCACAACAUCUACAAGUUAUAGAGAUGAACUUUGUGUUAAUACCAGUGUAAUGAAUUCCAUCAUCUAUCCCAUCAGACGUUUUAAUUCUUCCAUAAAUAGUAGAUUACAUGUGAUUCCAGGCAGAAUGAAUUUCCCUUUGGGGACCAAUAAAGUUCUUGUAUUAUCUUCUCUCAUACUACAUUUUGUAAAGUUCCUAAUUUCAGGAAAAAAAUGCAGUUUAGAGUAAAGAUUCUAUCUGAGAAGAUCAUUAAAACCAGCCUAAAAUAAAAACACAGUUUGUUUUUAUAGCCCUGAAACACUAAUCAGAUCCCUGCAGCCUGCAUGUCAAUAUGACAAACAAAUACUUGGUUAAUGUUUGGCAAACUGUACAUAGAAGUUGAUGUCUCAGUAUUUUCUCUAAAGCCAGCACUGAACAUCCAACUCUUUUCUCAAAUAUUCAUAUUGAAGCACACAAUCAAGAUAGAUUUUGGGAUUUCUUAUGCCUUAUUUGUGAACUUAAUGUUAAAGGUAAAUAUGUUUUCACUACUGUCUAGACAUAGCUGUUAUGUGUAAUAGAGCUGUCAUGUCUAUUUUUUUUUUGCCAACAGGCUACUGUGGUAUGACAUUUCAUAAUAAAAGCCAUGUUAGAGCACAGUAUGUAACAACAAUCGGAAAUGGAAUUAACAAAAUGCGAUAAAACCAAAAAUGUAAAAACUGACCCAAAAUGUAACAAAAUGGUGAACCCAAAAUGUGACAAUUUGCUACAUUUUUUUGAUUACAUUUUGUGUCGUUACAUAUCGGGCCCUAACAAGCCUUUUUGCCAUAAUCAUGGCAGUAUAUUUAUUUCUUUGACCAAUCGACUGCUUACUCUACCUAUGAGCUUAAAUUGUUAUAUUUUGGUUGGGGUUGAAGCUCACUCAAGUCUGCUUGAUUUACUUUGCAUUUAUAAUUAUCUCCGGUUCAUAAAUUGCAACGUUUUAAUCACUAUGUUUUUCACAUAACCUCACAAAUAUAUCUAUAUUUUUCACUUUGCAUAACUUUUGAUUUACAUCCAAAUCUGAAAUCAGUUAAGAAAAGGUUCAGCACAGGGUAAUGGAAGAGAGAAAUUAAGGGAUGCUUUAAGCAGUACUGUAAUUUUCUGAGGGAUUAACUUUGACAUUCGUGGGAUGUUAUGUUCAUAAAAUUUGAAAUAAAUUUUGCAUACCAAAAAAGAAAUGUGUUCACUUGUGAGGCUCUAGGAUGAUUUCCCUUCAACUUUGAAUACAUGUGUGGCAACACAAA